CACAGAGAUAACUAAACAGUUGUCGGUGUCCUUGACUUAGAACAAAAUUCGAACAUCGAUCGAUCGAAGUAACUCCUUUAAUAUGGAUGCGAAUAAUGAUGCACCGAAAGGCAUUCCAUCUCCUGGUAUUUCGUUCGUUGGAAAUCAGCCGCUUCCACCAAAAGAAAUAGCUUACCCAUCAUAUUCUGCUCAAGUACAACAACCGAGGGGAAAUCAUGCUGCUCUUCGAAUUGGCUUAGGAUCUUUGGCACAAGCUGAUCAAUUGUUGUUAAAACAACGAAAUUUUUCGUGGUUCAAAAUACAAAAUUCCAUUGGACAACAAAUUUACUAUGCUACAAGAGGUAGAGAUUGUUUUGGUCCGUUUGUCGUAAACAUUCUUGACAAUACGAGUCGCGUAGUGAUUAGUCUCACUCAUUCAUCAGCCAAAUGCUCAUCUUGCUGUUCAUGUUGCUUGCAAGAAAUGGAAGUCCAGUCACCCCCCGGUAACGUCAUCGGUUACGUUGUCCAAAUGUACUCGCUUUGCUCUCCGUGGUUUGAAAUCAUUUCUGCAUCUCGUGAAACACUAUUCUUGAUUGAACGUCCAUUCUGCAUUGCUACAUGUAGUGAUGUUGAAUUCAAGGUCCUUUCAGCUGAUGGAGCCAAUCUGGUAGGGACGAUCUCAAAACAAGGAGCUAGAUUUGCCAUUACUUGGUUUUCAUUCGAUCUUGACGUGGACGCCAAAGCAACAAUGCUGGGAGCUGCUUUUCUUAUGGAUUACAUGUUUUUCCAAAGUAAUGGAGGUGGAGGUGGUGGUGUUGUUGUUGGUGUUAGUGGUGGUGGUGGCUGUUAA